CAUCCAUUCAUCCAUCCAGCAGCAGCAGACACAGCAACAGCAGACACACUCACUCUCGCAUCCCCCCCCCUUCCUUCCUUCCUCUCCCGCCGCUGCCAGACGCGACUCCUGCAAUCGGCAGCUUGAGGAGUGAUGGGCAGAUUGAGGUCCAGACGGACCUCCAGAACCGCCAUGGCCAUCUCCUUGAGCGCCACCAUCUCAUUCCUCUACCAUCCCUCGAUGGUGUCAGGCCGUAGAGGAAUGAGAUGCCGUCCAUCCCCACACGCGAGAAAUGCUCCACCUGUAGAUACCGUACCAGCUGAACCGGCGACCGAUCUGGGCAACACAGAGCACCGCCAAUCAGGACCAUCCCACUUCCUAUCGUUCAUCCACUGACGUACCAAGGCGGAUUUGGUAGAAGGCAACCUCGUCCGCCGUGAAUGCGAGGGAGAAUGCAAAACAACACGUACCAAAGGCCAUUUGCUGAGGCCUGUCUUUGUCUGCAAAGUCAAGGAAGAGAGUCAUUCACAUCGAUCAUUGCAUGUGUGCAUUCGUCAUGCCUCUCUGAGCCACGGUUGCUGGCUACAAGGCACGGUUGCUGGCAACGGGCCUUGGUGCUCAUCGCCAGUCUCGGUUGCUGGUACCAAAGGGUGGUUGCUGGCCACAAAGGACGGUUGCUGGUAACAGAUCUUGGUUGCUGGCACCCAGUGCUUGUUGUUUCCAGUGAAGGGCGGUUGCUGGCAGCGGCCCUUGGUUGCUAGCUUGCAACACAAAUGCCCAGCAACCGUCAAAU